AUGCCAUGGAGGUGCCGCCCACGCAGCGCCCGGAAGCGCGACCCACGCCUCCUCGCCACUUCCCUCGACGACGCGCUCCUUCAAGCCUGUCUGGAGUUUGCAGCUUGCGUGUAUGCAUGCGCACGGAUCUCCAGCGCUCUGAAAAUCCUCAACGGAGGACGAGGCAGUGACGCGACGAAACAAGACGGAGACCGACCGAAGCCAGGCGCACCGGCUGCGCGCCAACCGGCAGACGUCAGCAGCGAGCGAACGCCGGCCUGCCCGAAGACAAGGCCUGGCGGAGGAGAAAGGGUCGCGAGAGAGCGAGACGAGAUGUUUGCUGUCAUGGAUCGGAGGGGACGAUGCUGCCUGAUUAAGGGAGUCCUCGCGGCCAACGAGGAGACGGCUGUGUCCCGCCUGCAGCUCGACUGGAGCGGAUGCCUCAACAAGGGCUUUUCUUCUCUCUGGAAGGUUCUGGCGCCUCCUGACUCCUCCAGCGCGCACAGCGCGAACGGGGCGGACGCGGGAGCCGCCCGCCGAGGGGGAGUGGGGCACGGAGGCCCGACGCUGGCUGCGGCCAGCUGCAGGAAAAGAGAGACAAAGAGACAGUCCCCUGGAUCCCUCUGGCGCCGCAGCCGGCGGAGCAGGGCCGGAGAGUCCUCGUUUGCAGCCACCCGGCGGGGUGCUCCUUUCCGCUGA